AUGGAUUUAAUACAUACUAAAGCAUUUUUAAGCCCCCUAAGUGGGUUCUUGAUUUUGCCAUCCUCAACCCAAGAAGAGAGAAGCAAAACCUUGAGUUGCAAUUUGGAUGACCUUCCACGCUUGUAUGUCAUUGGCAAUAUACAAAAUGUGAAUAAAAAAAUAUCUCAGUUAGAAUUGGGACUGAGAAGAUAUGACAGUAGCGGUGUGGUGAUUGAGGAUAUGAUGCAGAGGAAAUAUGCAGGGUUGAAGGGUCCUAGAAGAGGAAGACGUAUUAGCAAGCAAAAAGAGAAGGAUCAGGCCGUGACACAGAGAUACGGAAGGCUUGGUUCAGAUGCAGCUACUUUAAGAAAUCAGAAAAAAAUAGCUCAGAAAAAGAUGAGCACAGAAAAGAAUAAACUUGUAGAGUUGUAUCAUUACCCAGGAUAUCAUGAAGAGGAACCCACACCACUGCCCAAUGGAAUAGAGCUAAAUGAAAUUUUGGAGAAAGUGAUUCGUGCUCAGAGUAAAACUGCAGUUGGGAAGACGAAGUGGGCUGUGAAAAUGCUGCAUAGGUUUUUUGAUGUUCCGUGCACCCGAGCUGUUUUGCUGGAUAGUUUCUGGUGGCAAUUCCUGCACUUGUAUCAUCCAAAUCGAGAAAUUCAGGGGCAUUUGUUUCAACGCAUUGCAGAAAAUUAUGCCCUCAUUCUAUUAGGCAGGGCUUCCAAUCAGGAAUGCAUCCUCACGUUUUUUCCAUCACUACUAUGUCAAGCUGUGUAUAUCUGCUUCUGCUCCUGUUUCCCGAGGUCCUGGUUUAAUACCUCUGAAUUCAAGGCCCAGCUCUGUGAUGUAUUCUUCGAGUGGCUGGGAGGUACACUGCGCGAACCAAGAAGUUUCUAUAAAUGGGAUUACUCCCAGCUGGAACCAGAGCGGUCAAGGAGAGAAGAUUUGAUGUCAAGAAAGAAAAAAUUAGGGACUGGCACUGGUAUAUCGUUUGAAAGCUACAAGCAAUACAGUGCUAUAGGAAAGACUCAUUUGCAGAAGAUUCCAUCAAGGAAAACAUUUAACCUAUCUAUUAAAAAAGGCAAGAAAUCUGUAUCUGAGAAAAAAGGUCAAAAGCAGCUUUCCAAAAAAGUUAUCGUAUUGGAAAGUGAAGAAAUAAAGCAUACUACAUCAAGUAGUGACCAACUUAAAGAGGAUAAUGAGAAAGCUGCAUGGAGCAGACACCAGAACUUACCCAAAAAGAAACUAAAGAUAGCUAUGCUUCCUCGAGAGUCACACCCAGCUUGCAAUGGUCCUGACUUUACAUGGCAUCGUUUCAAUAUUAAUGGUCACAGUCCACUAAUUCAGCAUUACUUCCAGAAACACGGCACUGAAUCAAAAUCAGGAUGUGACAUCUUUCUGUCUAGGAGGGAGAUAUACAAACCAAUGCCUGAUUCUGUCAAAACAUAUGCAGAAGUGAUCAAGGAAAAUUUUCAUAUCGUCCAUCAGAAGCACAAAGCCUUCAGAAAAUGUUAUUGGCAACAAUACAGAGAAAUGAGGAAAUUUGAUGAACAGAAUAAACAUAACCAGGAACUUUACAGAGAAGCUAUAAAAGAAGAGAUGAAAAAGAGAAAAGCACAAAAACAAAAAGAAUUGCUUUCUUUGAGGGAUAGGCAGAAUAGCUCAGAACCUUCAUCCCUGUUUUCAAAAGAUUCAUCCGGAAAACACCGUAAUUAACCUAGAUCCCCCCUUUUGAACUGACAUUGAUUGAGUUCACUGGAAGCAUGUUACAGAAUGGCAAUUUAAAUAAAAUUAAAGAACCUAGAUUUGGUACUAAAUGUAAAUGUAAAUGUAAUUAGAAAUAAAUGAGCGCUACUACAUUAAGGGGGAAGAAUAUGAUAAUGUUUUAGGAAUGCUACUGGAAUAUAAUUUCUUUUAUUACUUUUGAAUAUGAUACGUAUAAUUCUUUCCCAUUACAUUUGAUUUUAUUGUAUCUCUUUCAUUCUUUGUCCAGUUUAAAAAUAUAUUGACUCUAAAUUGGAUUAUUUGCAGCUUUUCUAACAUCAAUU